AUGGGUCAGUUGGGUCCUGAGCUAGAGCUUGCAAGGAUCAAGCUCAAAAGCGUCGCCGAUGGUCUGACAGCUCUCUGCGCCCGAUGCUACAAGGCUGAGGGCGAGCGCUCCGCGAAGGCCAAGAAACUGAAAUGGCUAUAUCUGCAAAAUGACAUUCAGAAGAUGCAGACGGAAGCCCACAGCGCCAUGGGCAUAUUGCAAGGCUUUGUUGGCCUCUAUGCUGCCAGGCUACAGUCUUGGACCAAUAUCGAGUGGUCCAUGCGUGUCCCAGAUUGGCUAUUCAAAUUCGCUCCCAGUUUCCGGGCUUCAUGUGGUUCUGUACGCUUCGCGCUGCGUCCUACAAGAGUGGGCAUAGCAGAUAGACAUUUGCUGCAAGCAUUUGAGAAAGGAACACCGGCUAUCCUAGGCCUGCUCAAAGAAGGGCGCCAUGUUUACUACCCUGAUGACGAGACACCAGACGAAUUUCUUUUGAUUGAGAUUUCGACUUCAUACGCUCACGAGUGUUCGCCUAGCCGUGUUGCCACGCUGGCUCGUCGUCAGCUCAGUCUCAAAUCAAACAGCUCGGACAACGCGCGCCACUUGUUGAAUAGGGUCAUUGAGCUCUCGGACGAUGAUGUAUUGUCUGCUGGGACAGCUAUCCACGAGGCCGCAAGAACUGGUGUUGGUAUGCGCGAGGCCUUGUUGGGUCAAAAGCGUAAUAUCGAUCACCUUGACGAAUGCGGAGACACACCACUGCACCUUGCCAUAGCUUGCGGUCAUAUCGACGCCCUGGAUAUGCUGCUGGAGGCCAAGGCAAACACCAAUCUCGAUGACAUCCGGGGGGAAACGCCCCUGGUGCUGGCGAUUCGCCUGGGCUUGUUCAAGAUGUGCAGUAUGCUUGUCAAGGCUGGCUGUGAUUUAGACAAAGGGGCGAAUCCUUGGGUGAAGCGUUACGGUUUCAAUUCGGCGAUGUCCUGGCUUUUCCAACAAAAUCCAUACUUCGAUGACUUCAUCUUGGAGAAGGCCAAACUGCUGGUGCAGUACGAUGCUCGCCUGAUAUCAGAAUUUUUAGACCGGGAUGGACGAUGGAUAAAGGGGGUCGACUUCAGUUGCGUCCCCCUGCUACGCUAUCUGGUCAACAAGGGCGCGACGUUCCCUUCGCUGCCUAACGGAACACCCUACAUACUAAUGGAUCUGGCACUUCGUGGGACUCGCCAGGCCUGCGAGUUCUUCGAGACGUGCGAGUCUGUUCCUCGAGUAAAUGUCAUGAAGCGUCUCACGCCGGACAAUGUCUUCAAGGCCACAGCGUGGGACAAAUUCCUGCUCAGAGUUGAUGGGCCGAAUUUUAUCAACAUAUUUUGGCCAUGCGACUUGGCAUUUUGUACGAGCUUCCCAAAACUGUUUGUUCGCAUGAGGAACCACGUCCUUGACGGAGACAUCAAGGCCUUGCGCAGCAUUGUCCAGUCUCUGGAGUCGCCCGACCCGCGCAACGCAGGGGAACAGCUGGCGCAGAUGAUACAUGAGAAAGAAGCCUGGGGCAGGUUCGACUUGGUCUCGACGUAUCGGGCCAUCAUGGUCCAGGUGCGGGAGAAGAUGUGGCUGGCCGCCAUUGAGUCGCUCGAAGAGCACAUUGAAGUUUUGAUGGACGAGAUGAUUUCGUCGCCUUGGGAGCUCGAAAGUGAGGUCUGGAAGUUGCCCAAAUGUUCCCGCCUCCUGGAACCCGACGCCGGCAACAUGGAACGCGACACGUACAACGAAGGAAUGCAAGCAGCGGCUGAAGAAGAUACGAACGCGAACUUGGAAAACAGCGGUGAGGGGGCCACGGACAUCGACAGUGGAUGGGACGCUAUCAGUGAGGAUGACGGCGAUCUAGCAGAUGGAUACGAUAAAGAGACACGCAGCCGAGUACGGAAGAUGCGACGAUACAUGACAUCCCAAAGGCGGCUUGCGUUGUAUGAGGCGAAACUGCGGCGCAGAAAUUGGCAUGCAGCGCAGGCAGAUCCAGAGUCAGACGGCGGUAACAGCUCGCCCGGGGAAAGUGAAGAGCGGGACGAGGAGGUCGAGUCUGUUUCUGAUAAGACAUGUGACGGAGAGGCCAGUGUCGAUUCGAUCUAG